AUGCCCACGCGGACGCGCUGGGGGGCGCUCUCCGUGGUGCUGAUCCUGCUGUGGGGUCACGCGUGGUCCGCCCAGGCCUGUCCGCAUCCCUGCGCCUGCUAUGUUCCCAGUGAGGUCCACUGUACGUUCCGCUCGCUGGCUUCCGUGCCCGCAGGAAUUUCUCAACAUGUGGAAAGAAUCAAUCUGGGGUGCGUCUUCAAGCUCAGUUACAACAAGGUGCGUGGGAUCACACGACACACGUUCCAGGGGCUCUCGAGUUUGGUGAGGCUGCACGUGGACCACAACCGGAUCGAGUUCUUGCACCCUCAGGCUCUGCACGGCCUGACGUCCCUGCGCCUGGUCCACCUGGAAGGGAACCUGCUCCAUCAGCUGCAUGCUGGUACCUUCUCCACGUUCUCCUUCCUGGGCUUCUUCCGCCUGUCCACCGUGAGACACCUGUACUUAGCGGACAACAGGAUGCGCUCUCUUCCCACCGGGAUGCUGCAGAACAUGCCGCUGCUAGAGAACGUGUACCUGCAGGGGAACCCCUGGGACUGCGGCUGCGACAUGCAGUGGUUGCUGAGCUGGGAAGCGAGGUCCAGAGGGGUCCUUAAGUGUAAAAAGGACAAGGCCUAUGAAGACGGUCAGCUGUGCGCCACGUGCUCCAGUCCCAAGAAGCUGCACAAACAGGAGAUCCACAAACUGCAGGACAUCGUUUGUGCAAAGCCACUCAUCGAGUCUCCUCUGAGGCAGAACGAGAGCAGGAGCAGUGACGAGGACCAGGAACCAGAGGACGAAGAGAGUGAUGGGCAGUUCUCCCCGGACAGCUUCCAGCUCUCCACCUGGAAUGUCUCCUUGAACAUGACGGACGAGCAUGGAAACACAGUGAACUUGUCCUGCACCAUCAAGAAACCAACAGAUGUGCACAAAAUCUUCUUGAACCAGACAGAACCUCUUGAGAUCGAAGUCAAUGCCACGGUCGCCUUAGACUUUGAGUGUCCCAUGACCAGAGAGAACUAUGAGAAGCUAUGGAAAUUGAUAGCCUAUUACAGCGAGGUCCCGCUGAAGUUGCACCGAGAACCGCAGCUCAGCAGAGACCCCCAGGUCCACUAUGAUUACAGACAGGAUACUGACGACGACGCUCUCUAUUACACAGGUGUCAAAGCCCGGCUCCUUGCGGAUCCAGAAUGGGUCAUGCAACCGUCUGUGGACAUCCAACUGAACCGGCGCCAGAGCACUGCCAAAAAGGUGCUACUGUCCUAUUACGCGCAGUUUUCUCAAACGGUGUCCACCAAGGAUGCAGGGCAGGCGCAGAGCAGAAGCUGGGUGAUGAUAGAGUCAAGUCGAACUGUGCAAAGGACCCAGGUGGUCCUGAAAGGGACCUCUUUCCAGUUGAGCUGUAACGUGAGGGCUUCUGAGAGUCCGUCCAUCUUUUGGGUGUUGCCAGAUGGCUCGGUCCUCAAAGCCCCCAUGGAGGACUUGGAGAGCCAAUUUUCCAUCCUCAGUGGUGGUCAACUGAGGGUCAAGUCAGCAGGAUACUUACACUCAGGCGUGUACCAGUGCAUUGCUCUAGUGACAGAUGACAUGGACCGGAUGGUGUACAGGGUCACUGUGCAGGUGCCAGUCACUCAGCCCCCUGACAGACACACAGUGACCAUCAAUAAGAACCCUGGAGAGCCCGUGGUGUUGCCUUGCAGCGCCCUAGCAAUUCCAGAAGCACAGCUUAGCUGGGUUCUUCCAAACAAAAAGAUAAUGAACCACCUGGCUAACACAUCCCACACAUACCUGCUGGACAAUGAAACACUCUAUAUCCCAAAGGUCCAAGCCAGUGAUGAUGGCUACUACACAUGCGUGGCUGUCAACCUACAAGGGGCAGACCAUUUGACUGUGAGGGUCACCGUGAAUAAGAAAGGACCCAGCAGGGCCUCCAAAAGAGGCAGACUCCCAGGAACCAGGCCUGUUUCCAGAUUCAGAGGAAACGUUGUGGAAGAUGAAGGGGGCUCCGGCGUCGGCAGUGAAGACAGGACUCCAAGAAGGAUCCUGCAUCCAAUGGACCAAGAAGUGUUUCUCAAGACAGAGGACGAGGCCGGUGUCGGAGGUCAGAAGCUCAAGAAAGGCCGGCGAAAGUGGAAGGUCUGGAACAAGGAACCCGAGACAAACAUUGCAGAAGGACGUCGUGUGUUUGAGUCCAGGAGGAGGAUCAAUAUGACAAACAAACAAAUCAAUCCACAGCGUUGGGCAGACAUCCUAGCCAGAGUCCGUGGGAGGAACCUCUCCAAGGGCACAGAAGUCCCGCAGGUCACCCAAACUACAACACCUCCAUCAGUGACUGUGGAGGUCACACCUCUUUCUCCUGCUGCCCCUCCACCUUUAGUAUCUCCUGCACAGAUGGCGACUGGUGCAGAGGGAUCCUCAGAAGAUAUGUCCAUGUUCAGUGAGGAAGAGCAGUUCCUGAGUACCCCGUCCUCAACUGGGAUUGCACUAGAACGUGACCAUGAUGUGGUCAUUCUUGCUGAACCCAAAGUAGCAGGCAUGCGACUGGAAGAUGUCAUUGAUCAUGAGGUGUUUCAGAAGAUGGAGGACUCAGCUCCCACCCAAUCUGACCCUUCAGUCCCUACGUUGAUGGCUUUGCCUGACGAGUCUUCUUCCCCUCUGCACACCCUGGACACGUUCUACGAAGAGCCCACCCAUGAAGAGGUAGCAACAGAGGGUUGGUCUACAGCACCAAGCGUUGAACCUGUGCCAUUGCCCACAUCCAAAGUGGAUGAGUUACCACUGGAAGCUGUUCCUUUGGUAGAGUCUGAGACCAAAGCAUAUCUUUAUACAGAGUCCGAGAUUGAUAGUCUACCUGCUGAGGAUACACGCUUCACUCCAACUCCCACCUGGUGGGCUGUGGACCUCAGUAUCUCUGAGCCAGGAGUGGCACCAGAUGUAGCAGCCCAAACACAUCUCCAAGGACAUGCAGGUAACACGCACCCUGUGAUAGGGAGCUUAGCCACCCAGGGCAAUUCCCUGAUGGAAAAAGACAUGGUGGAGAAGUCUCAGAUACCAGAAAGUGACAUGCAGGAGAAAGAGCGCACAGAUUCCAGACGCCCCAAGAGUGAGGAGCUAAAAGGGAUAGGCAGUGUUGUUCCAUUUAAGCCAUCUGGAGAAACCACACCUGACACUCUUUUUGACAGGGACACCAUUACAGCAUCAAAGAUGACGCCAACACUAAAGGCCACUUCACCAACCAUGCCGACCACUCACCUAUCUCGAAGGAAGCCCAACGGGAGAAGAUUACGCCCUCACAGACUCCGCCACCGGCAGAAGCAAACUCCACCCACGACAUCUGCCCCCAUAGAGACUUACUCUACGCAGCCCACUCCAGUAGCAGAGAUGAAGGUGCCAACCAAAGUGGAGGAUUUGGUCUUGACACCUGGAGUUGAUAACACAGUUGGUGUCCCCAAAGAGCUGGAAAUGGGGAAACCUGCAGAACCAGUGACCAAGGGAACCCCACGGAGGAAGCACUCAAAGAAACAAAACAAACAUCGGUCCUUCACGUCCACCGUGAGCUCAAAGAACUCAGUAUCCACGUCCAGCUCUCCCCCAGAAAACAAACAGAAAUAUGUGAUUGGUCCCAGUUCAGAAACUCCACUUCUAUCUUCAACCAUUCCUCUGAAAAUGGGAGACCCACAUGAGACCAAGAGAGAGGAAGAUUAUGUGACAAGCACCUCAAAAGUAUAUCUGCCUCUCGGUAACGUCCAAGAGACAAUCGCAGUCACAUAUAAGCCUGAUGUGGAGGAGAUUAAGAAGGAUUACAAUGUCACAAACGUCCAUGACUAUAAAACUAGCACUCCAGUCCCCACUGAGGCAGGAACUAAUGUCAUAUUAUCUUCUGGCUUGGCGGUCUCCACUGUGGAAGUAUUUAUGGGAGAAUUUUACCCAUCAGAGUUUCCAAGAGCUCCAAGCCUGACUUCUCCAAGGACAGUCCAGCCUCAGAAGAUGGUGACAAGCAAACCCAUCACCAGUGUUCAGGAAACCCGGACAGAUCCACCCCUUUGGAAAGAGUUGGCAAACUCAUCUUUUCCUUCUGAGUUUUCUUCUUCUGUGGCAGUCUCCACACUAUUUCAACGAGGAGAUGUUGAUACUUCUGCUACACCAUCAAGCGUAAGAGUAGUGGAGCCCUCAAGUCAGGCAGACACCACCACUCAUGGUCAGGGUCAGCAAAAACCCACCCCAGCAAGUCUCCAUCCUGAAGUAAGACCACGGGAUCACGCUGCUAUGCUUGGCCCCUUGAAGGAAACAACAUCCCUGUUCCCACCCACGACGUUGGUGUCUUCGCUCCCAAUCACCACAAAAUCCACAUUUCUUACUCCAAGAACUUCUCAAACACCAACAGAGUCCAAAGAAAAUGUGUUGUUUAAUUAUGUGGGUGUCUUGGAAACAAAAUUGCCCCGAAUGAACAAAGAGGAAACUCAGUAUGUAUUGAAUCGAAAUGAGGCAUCCACUCCGUCUUCCAGACAGGACAACAUGAACUUAUCUCCAAAGCAUGAGUUGGUGAAGGACACGUUUGAUGGUAAAACCCCGAACACUCUACUUCAAGGCCCAGAUAUUCACCACCACGGUGGAAGAGUACAAAUUUCCCACCAACCAGGCGUCAUUCCUACCAAACCUACACCUCCAAGAGGGACAGUGAGGCCACCACAUCUGGCCACUCAAAGCUCCUUUAGAUACUCCGUGACCUUCCCACCACCUCGUCACAUGACCAGCAAACCAGAAAUAACAGCCUAUCCUUCGAGGGCUUUUCCAGAGAGCAAGCCUUUUGUGACUCCAAAGUCAGCAACCACAAUUCCCGCCCCACUGCACAGGCCCAAACCUGGCAUUCCCAGUAAAUUUGGUGACCAUAGAACCAACCAGUUCAAUGCCAGCCCCAAAGUCUUUGGAAAUAACAACAUCCUUGAACAAAGAAGUCCCGUUGGGAAGCCACCGAAUCCAAGAUUUCCUCCUCAUCCCAACAUCAGAUUCCCAUUCUUCUUCAACAGGACUUUUGCAUUCCCACAGUUGGGAGCCACCUUGAAGCCCCAGACACCCACCCCUCCUGUCCUGGUGACAAGAGACAGAAAACUGCACAGGGCUCUCAUGACACCAAACACCCGGACACAGCGGUUGGAAGUUCUGAAAAACGGCACCUUGGUCAUCCGUAAGGUCCAGCUGCAGGAUCACGGCCAGUACCUGUGCACGGCCAGGAAUUUGCACGGCGCAGAGACCAUGCCGGUCCUGCUGUCGGUGAGCACGCAGCAACCUCAGACGCUGGCCUCCCACUACCAGGAUGUCACCGUCUACCUCGGAGACACCAUCGCCAUGGAGUGUUUGGCCAAGGGCACCCCUGCCCCGCAGAUCUCCUGGAUCUUCCCGGACAGGAGGGUGUGGCACACCGUGUCCCCCGUGGAAGGCCGGAUCACGUUGCAUGAGAACCGCACCCUGUCCAUCAAAGAGGCCACCUUCUUGGACAGAGGCGUGUACCAAUGCGUGGCCAGCAACGCAGCGGGCGCCGACAGUCUGGCCAUCCGUUUGCACGUGGCGGCCCUGCCCCCGGUCAUCCACCAGGAGAAGCAGGAGAACAUAUCACUGCCCCCCGGCCUCAGUAUCCACAUCCACUGCACGGCCAAGGCCGCGCCUCUGCCCAGCCUGCGCUGGGUGCUGGGUGACGGUACCCAGGUGCGCCCUUCGCAGUUCGUGCGCGGGAACCUCUUUGUCUUCCCCAAUGGGACCCUCUACAUCCGCCACCUGGCGCCCAAGGACAGCGGGCGCUACGAGUGUGUGGCUGCCAACCUGGUGGGCUCGGCGCGGAGGACCGUCCAGCUCACGGUGCAGCGCGCAGCGGCCAACGCGCGCAUCACCGGCACGUCCCCGCGGACCACCGACGUGCGCUACGGGGGGACCCUGCGCCUGGACUGCAGCGCCUCCGGGGACCCCUGGCCGCGCACGCAGUGGAGGCUGCCGUCGCAGAGGGUGAUAGACGCGCUGUUCAGCUUUGACCCCAGAAUGAAGGUGUUUGCCAACGGGACGCUGGUGGUGAAGUCCGUCACUGACAAAGACGCAGGGGACUAUCUGUGCAUUGCCCGGAACAAGAUUGGCGAUGAUUACGUGCUCCUGAAGGUCAAUGUGGUGAUAAAACCGGCCACCAUUGAGCACAAGGAGGGGCAGGACCACAGAGUCUUGUACGGGGGCGACCUGAAGGUGGACUGUGUGGCCUCGGGGCUCCCCAACCCCGAGAUUUCUUGGAGUCUCCCCGAUGGGAGUCUGGUCAACCCGUACAUGCAGGCCGACGACAGUGGCGGGCGUGCCAAGCGCUAUGUGGUGUUCAACAAUGGCACGCUCUACUUCAACGAGGUGGGCAUGGGCGAGGAAGGCGAUUAUAUGUGCUUUGCUGAGAACCAGGUAGGCAAGGACGAAAUGAGGGUCCGUGUCAAGGUGGUGGCGGAGCCCGCGGCCAUCCGCAACAAGACGUACUCCGUUGUCCAGGUCCCCUAUGGUGAUGUGGUCACCGUGACGUGUGAGGCCAAAGGGGAGCCCACGCCAAGCGUGACCUGGCUGUCACCCACCAACAGGCUGAUCCCUGCCUCCUUGGACAAGUACCAAGUCUACCAUGAUGGCACCCUGCUCAUUCGCAAGGCCCAGCGGUCGGACAGCGGCAACUACACCUGCGUGGUGCGCAACAGUGCUAGGGAGGACAGGAAGGUGGUCUGGGUCCAAGUCCACGUCCAGCCCCCCAAGAUCAACGGGCACCCUGAUGCCAUCACCACAGUGCGGGAGAUCGUGGCCGAGGGCAGUCGGAAGCUCAUCGAUUGCCAGACGGAGGGCAUCCCGGCUCCAAGGGCUCUGUGGGCUUUCCCCGAGGGGGUGGUCCUGCCCGCCCCGUACUACGGGAACCGGAUCACGGUGCAUCGCAACGGCACCCUUGACAUUCGCAGCCUGAGGCACAGUGAUUCGGUCCAGUUCACGUGCAUCGCUCGCAAUGAAGGUGGCGAGGCCAGGCUGAUUGUACAGCUCACAGUCUUAGACCCGGUGGAGAAGCCUGUCUUCCACGACCCAGUGAGCGAGAAAAUUACCGCCACGGCCGGCCACACCAUCAGCCUGAACUGCUCGGCCUCGGGGACCCCGGCCCCCACGCUGCUGUGGGUCCUUCCCAAUGGGACGGAGCUGCACAGCAAUAGACGGUUGCAUCGAUUCUACCACAAGAGUGACGGCAGGCUGUACAUCAGCGGGCUGGCCUCUGGGGACGCCGGGGCCUACCGCUGCGUGGCCAGGAACGCCGCGGGCUACUCCGAGAGGCUAGUGGCCCUCAAGGUGAGCCUCAAGCCUGCAGUGGGCAGUCAGCACCGCCCGGUGGUGACUACCAUCGACGGAGAGACGUUGUACCUACCCUGCCUCCUCCAAGCGGGCAGGCCGGGCCAAUUCUCCUGGACACUCCCCAACGGUGUGGUCCUGGAGGUCCCCCAGGAAGUGGGGCGCUUCGCCCUCCUGCAGAACGGUACACUCAGGGUACGGGAGGCCUCGGUGUUUGACAGGGGGACCUACACGUGUAAGGUGGACACUGAGCUGGGUCCCUCCACCGUGAGUACCCCUGUCAUAGUCAUCGCCUAUCCGCCACGCAUCACCAGCGAGGCCACCCCGGUCAUCUACAUCCGUCCUGGGGGCACCGUCAAGCUAAACUGCUUGGCCAUGGGCAUUCCCAAAGCCCGGAUAACGUGGGAACUGCCAGACAAGGCCCAGCUGGCCGCCGGAGGACAGGCCCGCGUCUACGGGAACAAAUUCCUGCAGCCGCAAGGCUCCUUGACCAUUCAGUAUGCCUCUCCGAGAGAUGCAGGUUUCUAUAAGUGCACGGCCGAGAACGUGCUAGGCAGAGACUCCAAGACCACUUACAUUCACGUCUUCUGA